AUGGCGUUUAAAAUCCUUACCAGAACCCUCGUUCUACCAAAAUCCAUCAAACAAAUCCCAAGUCAAAUCCCUAAUUUUUCUACAUCAAUCUGCAGCAACACGACUCCUCUUUCAAAUCUUUUCGAAAGGUACGGUUUCCCACCUUCUAAUCUUCAUACGUUUUUCGCAAAGAACCGAUUUUUGCUCGAUUCCAACGUUCCGAAUGUCGAAAUGUCCUUGAAAAUCAUAUCAUCCUUCUCUUCUUCCAAGAAUUUUGUUGUCUCCAUGGUAAAUAACUGUCCUAGGGUUUUAGAACUCGAUUUUCUCAAGAAAUGGGAAAUGGGUAUUUCCAAAUUAGGGUUUUCAGACAACAGUAGUCUGACAAUGAACAUCCUUGAAGUUUCCAGGAAAUUCGAUUUAUACCCAGAUGAUGUUUUACAAUGUAUGGAGUGUUUGCGGGGUUUUCGGUUUACCCCUGCUACCAUAACUAGGAUUUUAGAGGAACUUCCAGUGAUAAUAACCAUGAACGAAGAAAAUAUUUGGGGUAAAAUCGAAUUCUUAUUAGGAAUUGGAAUCCACAGGAGUAAAAUAGACUCCAUAAUCCAAACUUAUCCAGGUAUUUUAGGAUUUGGGGUGGAGAACAAGUUGAAGCCUUUAAUCUCCGAGUUUAUUGAAAUGGGGUUUAAACCUAAUGAGAUUAGAGAAGAAAUCAUGAGAAACCCCAAAAUCCUUCAAUCAGAAGUGGGAGAGCUUUCGAAAUGUCUGAGAAUGUUAAACAGUUUAAAAUGUAGAGUCCCAAUUAAAGAAAAAAUCUUUAGCAACGGUGUAUUUAGGGCGUCAUAUAAAGUUAAGUUAAGAAUCGAUUGCUUACACAAACACGGGUUAAUAUAUAAAGAUGCAUUCAGCAUAUUAUGGAGAGAGCCAAGGGUGAUAUUAUACGAAUUAGAUGAGAUCAAUAAAAAGAUCGAGUUUUUGAUAAAUACGAUGAAGUUUGAUGUUGUUUGUUUGGUUGAGGUUCCGGAGUAUUUGGGGGUAAAUUUUGAGAAACAGAUUGUGCCUCGUUAUAAUGUGAUUGAGCAUUUGAGAUUGAGAGGUGGAAUUGGCGAUGAAGUAGGAUUGAGGAGUUUGGUUAAGUUUAGUAGGUUAAGAUUUUAUAAUCUUUAUGUGAAGCCUUAUCCAGAAUGUGAGAGGAUUUAUGGGAGGUUUGUGGAUGUUAAGGUUAGGAAGGGAUGUCCGGAAGGAAUGUGGAAGCUUUUUACACCUCGGAAUCAGAAGAAGAUUUGA